CUGGCCUGCGACCCCGCCACGCGCUUCGCCGCGCCGCCCGCCGCCCGCGCCUGGGUGGCGCUCAUCCCGCGGGGCAACUGCAGCUACCGCGACAAGAUCCGCCACGCCGCCGCCCACAACGCCUCGGCCGUGGUCAUCUACAACGUGGGCGCGGCCGGCGCCAACGAGACCGUCACCAUGCCCCACGCCGGUGUGGAAGAUGUUGUAGCGAUAAUGAUUCCUGAGCCUAAAGGAAAAGAGAUAGUGAGUCUGCUGGAGAGGAAUAUUACUGUGAUGAUGUACAUAACAAUUGGAACACGCAACUUGCAAAAAUACGUCAGUCGUACUUCAGUGGUAUUUGUCUCCAUAUCCUUCAUUGUGUUGAUGAUAAUCUCCCUGGCAUGGCUGGUCUUCUAUUAUAUCCAGAGAUUCCGGUAUGCAAAUGCCAGAGAUAGAAACCAGCGCCGUCUUGGAGAUGCUGCAAAGAAAGCCAUCAGCAAGCUGCAAGUCAGAACAAUCAGAAAAGGUGAUAAGGAAACUGAGCCAGACUUUGAUAAUUGUGCUGUUUGUAUUGAAGGUUACAAGCCCAAUGAUGUUGUCAGGAUAUUACCUUGCAGGCAUCUCUUUCACAAAUCUUGUGUAGAUCCCUGGCUGCUAGACCAUCGCACCUGCCCUAUGUGUAAAAUGAACAUUCUGAAAGCUCUAGGGAUUCCGCCAAAUGCGGAUUGCAUAGACGAUAUACCUCCAGAUUUUGAAUCUUCCAUAGGUGGACCUCCAACCAAUCAGAUUACAGGAGCUAGUGAUAUAACUGUGAAUGAAAGCUCCGUAGCUUUGGAUCCUCCUGUCCGGACUGUGGGAGUGUUACAAGUCAUCCAGGAUGUAGAUCCCUUUCCCCAGGUUGGGGAGGGUAACUUCACAACAAGCAAUGAACAGGAGCCUACUGUGAGCAGCGAUUCAGAUAUUUCAUUGAUUAUGGCGAUGGAGGUUGGACUGUCUGAUGUGGAGCUUUCCACUGACCAAGACUGCGAAGAGGUGAAAUCUUGAAAAACAAACAGAGAUUCCCCACUAAACUAAAUGGUAAGGGUGAGGGGAAGGGACAGAGUCAGCUCUCAAAGAUUUGGACCAGUCACGCGCGCACCUCCAGAACACUAUAACUCCAGUGCACUCCAUUCUGAGAUGGUCAUGAAAAGCAAUAGCAACAGUUGUGUUUACCUGGACGCAGUUUCAUCAUCUACAUAUGUCCAUUUCAUUCAUGUGGAAAAUGAAAGUUUAUUGGUUUCCCACAUGCUUAAGAACAGUCACGCACCUCUUCAGUGGCUCAUCAACAUGCAACUAAAAUGACAGCUUGAGUGUUUUCUACUCCUGUUCAAUCUUUUUUUUUUAAAAAAAAAGAUGAUGUUUAUUUAUAGUUCUUUCUGGAUGGACACUUUCUUUCUUUGACUGACCCCAGCUUUUUCAAGAAUUCAGUCUGGAAAUUUGACUUCCUCUUCUCUAGUCACUUCAUAAUCCGUCUCCAGGAUUUAUUAUUGCCUUGACAUUUCUGCAUGAAGUAUGCAUGGCUUCACUGAGAAAUGGUGCCUCAGCACCCUGUAUUAAUAUGAAGCCUGCUUUCAUUAAGAUUUUAAAUCCUUUUGAAGUGGUUCUCAGAGAUUAUAUCUUCCAGAGGCCCUUAUCUUAUGAGAUAAAGCUCGGAAUUAAUUGAGGUUGCUGACUUGUUGUUUAAAACUACAUGAUGUUGAUUUCUAUUUGCAGAGCUCCAUUAAAGGCACAUACGGUACCACGUGAGGGAGAGAAAAACAACAGCAUUAGAAUUCACCUGCCCUUGCGAUCUUUUGCUGUGUUGUCUGCCAUUAGCAACCUCCAGCGCAUUAAUGCUCUUCCCUGUGGUUCAGUAGCUGAUGGAAAAGCUUCUAGUUUAAAAUCCGGUACUUCCUUAAAUUUGAAAAGAAACAUCUGCCCAGCAGGCCAGUGAGUGUAUGUGCAGUUUCCUAAGGGCACUUAGUAACCCAUUUGCAGUUUGUGUGACUGAAGAAAAUACAAUUAGGAAGGAUUUGAAUGGGGGAAUGCCCUGUAAUAUCACAGAAAGAAUAAAUGGCGAAAGUAGAAGCUGGUGGCCAAAAUGUAUACCUUACUUUUUCAACUGGGUUUUUGUACAUCUUUGUUACCAGCUCCAAGAAUCUAGGUGAAUCCUUAGUUAACUACUUUCUAGAGACCCCUGUACACUGCGGUGAGACAAGACACUUAUCAGACAUAUGAGGCUGAAAAAUUGCAGCAAAAAAAGUUGGGAUUUUUUUUCUGGACAGAGAUAAAAAUAGAGACAUCGUACAAAUGCUAAAAUGUAAGUUAUUUUAACCUAUGCUUAUGAUUUUUUCUAUCUUUGACUACAUCUUGUAGAAAUGUGCUACUUAUAGCUGGGUAUUCAGAAUGCAAUUUAUGUUUCAAAAAAAACUAUUCAAGUAUAAAAAAGGACUUUCAUCUCGUCAUUAUACUAGAGUGAACGGUUUCAGUUGACAGUCAAGAUUAUUCAAAUGACAUUCCCCCCCCCCCCCUUGAGUAGGUCAGUAGAAUCAACAAUACAGCCCAUAUUAAAAUUUCAAGGAAUGGAAAGCUAUUUUCACUUCAUUGAGUUAAAGCAACAUCUCCAAAUAACACCAUUAGGUUCUUUCAACGUUGUCAUUUUAGUCCUCUUCAUACUUUUAGUUAUACAAAUUUACUUCCUGCUGAAAGUUGACAUAC